AAACAGCCAAUGGAUUGGCGUGGAAUAGUUUGCCCACGCAACUACCUGGGUAGCCUCAUCAGAGCGUUAUUACUAAUAACGAUACUCUUUUUCUUGGUAUAUGGGAGUCUGGAGCAACGAUGUAAGGAACCCGGAACUAAUAAAAAGGACAUAGCAAUUAGAGAAUUUCUCAGUAAAGGAGAAUCUUUUCAGAGGAGAUCUGGUGACAUUCAACUUCCCGUCGAACACGUCAAAAAUGUCACCGUUGUCACCGCGUUUUUUAGCCUGGGUAAUUUUAUCAAGGGGACAUUGCUGCGUAGGGAGGAUUUCUACCAACAGAACGCUGGGAAAAUCGCCAUGGUCCGGAACCCUUUAAUCUUCUACACAAAUUCGCCAGAAAUAGCACAACAAAUUACGUUCUUCCGACGCUCAUAUCAACCGUCUUUACAAACAGAUGUUAUCAUAAUGAAUAUAAAUGACUCUUGGGCGUUUGGGCUUAGACCCAGAAUCCAGGCGAUUUUUAAUCAAGACGGGUAUCCUAAGUACCACCCGCAGACGAUCAACGCCAAUUAUUCAGUGGCCAUGCACGCCAAAUAUGAAGUUAUGGCUGACGCCAUCAAAAGUGGCCGCGUGCGCACAACCCACGUCUGUUGGAUGGAUUUUGGCAUAUGGAGAAACGAAGAAGGAGAAGGGUUUGAAGUUGGCAUACCCAAUGACGUCAUUGACGGCCAAGUGGCUUAUACCGAGAUCGAGGCCAAUUCAAAUCCUACCCCAAGGAACAUCGUGUAUCUGGAUAUGGUGUGGGUAGUUGGGGCGUUUUUUAUUGGGCGGGUCGAGGCAGUGCAGACAUUUUGUACUGACUACCGGCGUGGCGUGCACUGGAUGAUUAAACACUUCCUGAUGAGCACAGACCAGCAAGUGAUCUACACGUUGUAUAGCAAGCACUUUAAACUCAACCCCAGGGUACAUAUACAGACGUACAGGGCCCCGCCAGAGUUCAGUCAUAGUCCUUGGUACUACCUGGCAUACAGAUGUCGGCGAGCUCUGCACUGAGAUACAUUCUUGAUGAGCAUGGGACAUGCGUAUAUACAUACAAUAGACAGACAUACCACUACAGUACCCUCUACCAGGGCGACAGACUGAUUUUUCACAAAAAAUUCACAUAUAUGUCUUUAAAUAAAUAGUCGGUCAUUUAAAAGUUCUCCGUCUUCUGGAA